AUUGUCGCUGUGGGGUGCGUGCGCCUGCUCCCCCGACUGUCGAGCCGCGAGGGGCCGGGGCCCACGCGGGGACUCAGCCUGGGGCGGGCCAGCACGGAGCCCGGCCAGCGGGCCCAUGGCAGGAUCCGCGAUGGCCGAGCCGGGCCGCCCGCCGCCCGCCGUGCCCCCGGAGCCCAGCACAGAGGGGCUGCCGCGCGCCUUCCUGCAGAGCCUGCGCACCCUCUUUGAUAUCCUGGACGACCGACGGCGCGGCUACGUGCACCUGCGGGAGAUCGAGUCCCGCUGGCAGGGCGCCGACGCGCGCGAGCUGCCCCGCGGCGUGCUCGAGGGCCUGCGCCAGGUGGCCCCGGCCAGCGGCUACCUGACCUUCGAGCGCUUCGUGGCCGGCCUGCGCACCUCGCUACUGAGCGCCGACCGAGGCACCCGAGGCCCGGCUCGCGCCCCCGCCCGGGGAGGCGGCCCAGAGCGCCCAGGGGGACAGCCGCAGCCUCCGCCUCCUCCCCAGCGCCUAGUGUUCGCGCCCGCAGACGAGCCGCGGACGGUCCUUGAGAGGAAGCCCUUGCCAUUGGGUGCGCGCCUCCCAGCGGCCGACCCCGGAGGCACCGCCCGGAGUCUAGAAAAGUUGUGCGGCCCGGCUGAGGCGGCGCCUGGUCUCGCAGAGCCGGAGAGGCCGCAGGGAGCGGCGCUGGAGCGGAGCCCGAGCGCCGACGCUGGUGCGGCGGCCUGCAGGGCCUGGGAGCCAGGCGUGGGGGACGCACGGCGGGCCCCCCGUGCCCGAGGCGAACGGCGGAGGCACACCAUCACCCACGGAGUGGACUGUGACCUGCUGAAGCAGAUGGCGGAGCUGGAGCAGGAGAAGGAGGUGCUGCUGCAGGGGCUGCAGAUGAUGGCCCGGGGCCGUGAGUGGUACCAGCAGCAGCUGCAGCGAGUGCAGGAGCGCCAGCGCCGCCUGGGCCAGAGCAGGGCCAGCUCCGACUUUGGGGCUGAGGGGAGCCCCCGCCCACUGGGGAGAUUGCUGCCCAAGGUGCAAGAGGUGGCCCGGUGCCUGGGGGAACUGCUGGCUGCAGCCUGUGCCGGCUCAGUGAGUGCCCCGGCUGCCCCACUCCCUGUCUUAGAGGCCGAGCAGGAGAUGCCAGACCUGCCUGACUCUGCCCUCCCGCAGGCUCCGCCCCCCUCUUCCUCAGGGGCCCCUGGCCCCAGCCUGGUCCCUGCCUCACCCCCUGCGCCAGGCCGGCAGCAGCAGACCAUCCUGAUGCUGAAGGAGCAGAACCGGCUGCUCACUCAGGAGGUGACGGACAAGAGUGAGCGGAUCACACAGCUGGAGCAGGAGAAGUCUGCCCUCAUCAAGCAGCUGUUUGAGGCCCGAGCCCUCAGCCAGCAGGACGCUGGGCCUCUGGACUCCACCUUCAUCUAGUGGCCACCGGCAGGGCCAUGGGCCUCCCAGCCUGGUGUGGGCACGGACAUAGCCCUCCCCCCUCCGCAGGUGGGCCGCCCCAGGAUGCCCUUUGGUCCUGGCCUGGGGCUGGGGAGCUGACCUGGGCAGGGCUCCGUUGUGCAGGCACAGUUUGAAGCUGCUGCUGCUGCCGGGGUUGCGGAGAGUAGAGACUCCUCCUCGUGUUUACCAGAUGUCAGGCCGCCUGGGUCAGGUGGGCCUGUGGCUGCCCGGCCUCAUGUUUACAGCGGCCUGUCUCCCCUCCCACCUGGGAUCUCCAGUUAAAGGCCCUGGUCCCACUCGGCUGCACUUCUGACAGUAGCCAGCAGAGGGCACCACCUGCACGCUGCUCUUGGCCCCCCUGAGCGCCCGCAGUGGAGUCUCAUGGGGAGGGGAUAUUCAGGAACCUGGGGUGGGCAGAACACCUGAAGGUGCAGCAGGUGACUGGGCCUGGGAGCCCAAGAGCAUCUUCUCCCAACCUAGGACUCCAAGACUAGGAAGCUGUCUUUCACCAGAAAUGGAUGGAGGGGGUGAGGAUGGCUCUGAGUGAGGGGUGGGGUCUACCUGUGCCUGGUUCCAGGGCCCCGCCCCGCCCCUUGGGAUGGCUGAGGGUUCCUGGAGUGAGGCUGGCAGGGCAGCCACACAGACUCCGGACCCUAAACCAACCCGGGUUAGCUGUCAUCCCUCCUGGCUGAGGCUCAACCCAGAUGUGCCCACAUGGCGGUCUGUGACCCAGCUCAGCACCUUGGGUCUACCUGGCAACCAGGCCGAGGCACCUAUGGGGGCCAGCUGACUCCAGUGUGGCCCUCACCAGGGGGCAGUGGUGAGCCCGGGAAUCCCAGGAAUGCCCCAAGGUACCUGGUGGGCACCCCCACCUAUCACAGCCUCCCCCCCCCCCCCCGCUCCUGCUCAGCCCCCAGAUCUGGGCUGCAAGACAGCACUUUGCUCAGAAAAGGGGCGCUGCGGGACUCAGGGAGAGUCUGGUGUCGGGUCCCCCUGGGAGGGGGGCAGGAAGGGGGCAGGGCCAGAAGGCCAGGGGGCGGUCACCAGCACCCAGGUGGACUUGCGGUGCCCCCAUUAGACCAGUGCCAGCUGAGGAGGGGUCCCGGUCAUCAGGCUGAGCCUGCCCUCCAGGUUCUGGAUCUGAGCCCCCUCUCAGUCCAUGACCUGUGCCCCAGACAGCCCCGCUCCUGCACCCGCUCUCACUGGGGGUUGCUCAGCCUCCGGUUCUCCACAUGCAGCCCUGACAUUUGUGGAACUGCAAGCCACCAUCCCUGCUGCCAGUGCUUCUGGGACCCUGUCACUUGCAGACCCAGGCCCCAGUGACACGGACCACAAGCCCCCACCCAAGUCUGCGGCAGCUGGAGCUGCACAACCCACCUCCCGCCUCUGGGCUUUGCACACACCGCUCCGUCCUGGGGUUGAAGCAGCCUGGGGCCUUGGGAGGCAGGAGACAGGACACAGGUCUGCCCGGGGUGACUGUCCUCAGAGACUUCCCACAUGAAGCUGACCCCUUCUGCAAAGGAGACGGGGAGAGUGGCCUCCCUUGGCCCUGAUGUUCCAUGCAGGGUGACAUCCACUUGUCUGCGUGGCCCUAGAGGCCUCAAGAGCAGGAUCUGAGGUGGUCCCAGGUUGGCAGGGCCAGGCCGCCGGCACAGAGGGGCAGACAGCUCUGGAGAGCCCCCCCACACCUGGCACAGUGAAGUGUGGGGGCUCCCAUUCCCUGCAGGGUGCCGAACCACAUUCCCCACUUCUCACUGGACCCCCAGAAACAACCAAAAUGCCUGAGACGCAGGCGGGGGUAUAGACAGCUUUGGGUGGAAGCCUUUGCCCCCAGGCAGUGCAAGUUGCAAGGAAAGCGAGCAUCGUUGGGUGAAAGCAAACCUUCACAAACAAGGAAA